GUGUUUUCUGUCACCACCGACGAGAUGAAGACUCUCUUUGUCCUGAGCCUCCUGUUCCUUGUCGCCAGUGCCAAAAUCUACGAUCGAUGUGUUCUUGCCAGGCAGCUGAAGGCUGCAGGACUGGAUGGAUUCAGAGGUUACUCUCUCCCCAACUGGAUUUGCAUGGUUCAACAUGAGAGCAGUUACAACACUCGGGCUAUAAAUGAGAACAGGAGACAAGGACGAGUGGUGUCGACAGACUACGGCUUGUUUCAGAUCAAUAGCCGUUACUGGUGCGAUGAUGGACGGACACCUGGUACUUCAAACACCUGCAACAUCAAGUGUUCAGCCUUUUUGAAUGACGACAUCACGGAUGAUAUUCGAUGUGUAAAGAGGGUUGUGAGUGAUCCCAACGGCAUGGGAGCUUGGUACGGCUGGAGAGAUCACUGCAGAGGGAGGAACCUCCAGAGCUAUGUGCAGGGCUGCAAUGUCUAAGGAUAGUGGAGAGACAGAGACAGCUGGCGCUCGCUGCUCAUGGAUCCCAGCUCCUCCACGUCUAUCUGUUCAUCGCUUUAAUAAGUAUCUUUGUGUUACUACGCGUUACACAGUAAAUUCCAAACCACUUUCUGCUUUGACUGCUGUAGAGAUAGAGAUAGAGAGAGGAUGUGUGUACUUGAACACAAUAAAAGCUGAACGCAUGCAAAUACC